AUGGAUCUUUGUGUUUAUACUCGUAAAAGACUAGAGUAUUUUAAUGUCUAUAAUAAAAAGGUGCGCUCACAGAUAAGCAUUGCAUAAUUAUCAUCAUUUACAUUCUUGUCCUGGACGGUAACCUGAGUGGUUCUCAAUUUUUAAAAUAAAUUUUUAACAACAAAAACACAAUUACUCAUUAAUUUGUAUUGAUCAGAUGAAUAAUUCUCCUCAAAGGAUUUUUUGGGUUUGCUCACUGUUUUUGGCUUCUUGUGUACUUUGUGACUCUGGUGCUGCAACAAAGGGUGUUUAUAAAGUUUGUAGCUUUGAAGCGUUUUUUCUUUGAAAAAAAAGGCAUGUUAAAUAGGUUGUGAACACAAAUACCGGUAUACCAUGUGUGAUCGUCCAAGCUGAUAUUUAUUUGUAUCUCACUUACAUUACAAAUGAUGGUGGAGUAUGUUACCCAUGUUUAGUGCAUGCAAAUAAAUAAUUCUGAUUCAGAAAGAUGUCGUCGUUCAUGUUCCAACGUCUUCCACAGUCGACACAGACUUCAGUUUAUGCGAUGGUACUCUUUCUUUGUCAGGAUAUUCGAUAAAAUCUCAACUUUUGAGAAUCAAUCUUUACCAUGUCAGUUUGAACUCAAAGGCGUUAAUCUAAAUAAUUGUUUAGAUGCCCGGAUGGUCCGUAGAUUUAGCAUUCACCAAAGACAACCGCUUUAAGACAGACAACGAAAAAGAAUUUACACUAUUUCAAGUUAACGUAACUGCUAACUUUUCCUCUGACACAGAUGCUUUUCCAAAUGCAAAAUACCCUGUUCAACAGUAUUAUUUGCACAUUGAUCCUGAAGAAUUGUCAGAUAUUGCCGGUUCAAUUUAUGCAACAGUAGACAAUUCGUAUUAUUGCCCAAGUGAGCAAAAAUAUGUUAUUAACAAUGACAACACAUACGGGCCCUAUGCAUAGUAAGUUAUUGAGAAAACUACGAAAUUCUAAUUUGCUAUUAAUUCUUAGCAUCAAAUUCAAACUUGUCACAUUGCAAGCAUUCAUGACUAGCUCCACGUUAGGGCCGAGUGAGUUGUGCCACUUAUCUUUCUUGAAAAACAGCAAAAUUGUUGCAGAGGAAACUUGUCCCACAGAUCAGCAAACAACUGAUCUUAUUCCUGUUAUUGUUGGUUCUACUCUUGCCGGACUCAUAAUUCUAACACUAAUAGUUUAUCUUGUACGCGCAAUUAUUGAACACAUUCAAACACUAAUCAUAAUAUUUUCAGAUCUAUAGAAGUUUUUUGCCAGAAGAAGUUAUCAAUCUUGUGAAUCCAGAAUCACACUUUGAUUUUGAAAACACUGCAAAGUUGGAUGAUUUGAGUAUUAAUUCUAUUGCUCAUCGUUUUUGA